AUGUUCUUCCGGUCAGACAAGGCCCUAGCCCUGGUGGUACUGCCAUUCGCUACACCUUCUCUUGCUCUUCCCACUCUGUCUCAGCUCUGGAGCCGAGCUCAGCCGUCUGCCAAUCUCUGUGGUGACUAUGACUAUACCAUCUUGAAAAACACACCAUGGAUUGUGUACAACAUGCUCUACAAUACGAACCAGAUUGAGGGCUCACAGUGCACUUACUAUGACCAAGUGACUACUACCAAUUCUGGAACCAAGGAGGUCGUGUGGAGUAGUGUUACUGGUAUCGACUAUGUCGAGAGCACCAACAACGUGCCCAAAGGUUACUCGUUCGUCGGACUCACCCAGAAUCUCGAGACGAAAUUGUCCACCAUCGAUUCCAUCCCCACCACGUACGACUGGACUCGUACCAACACCACUGCCUUUAAGGGCAACAUCUGCUUCGAUUUUAUCGUCAAUGACAUCAAAGGCGACUCAACCUCUUCGUCUUCUAACGAGCUGAUGCUCUGGCUUCAGUAUGAAGGAGGUCAACUCCCAAUCGGAUGGGCAAAUGGCCCUAUUGCAACCAUCGACAAUCUCUUUGGCACCUCCUGGAAGCUGUACGAAGACACCAACACCGACUCUGGUGUCACGGUUAGCUCGCUACUCCCGGAUACUCAGUUCGAGGGCACCUUUUCGGGUGACUUGAAGAACUGGCUGGUCGCGUUGACCAACGUGGGUAAAUUCACCAACGAAACAUAUGUCAACAUUGGAAAUGCAGGAACCGAGUUCUUCUACGGAAAUGCCGUUAUGAAUGCCACUGUGGCAUUGCAGAUCGACCUGAAUUAG